CUGAACUCCGAGAAGUCCUCUCCACUGUCGUCUCCGCCCCGCCGGCGAUUAAGAAGAUCAACAAUGGCACAGGGCGAGCCCGCUCUGUCGGAUUCUGUAUUAGAUCCAUCUCUCUCCAGAAACGCAUCCUUUAGCCGCCUCAACGCCCAGGCCCCGGAGUUCGUUCCCAAUCGGAGUCCCACCGCCGCAUCCCCACCUCCUCUGCCACUCUACUCUCCGCCUCUCACUCCCACGCCUUUCCAUGUUCCGAUCCAGGUCGUCCCUCCUCCGCCUCCUCACGUGCUGCCGGUCCAUCACCGUCACCACUUGCCGGUUCAGUACCAUCAUCAUCAGUAUUACGCUCCCGGAUUUGCCGGAGACCAAGAGCAGCCGCCGCCGGAUGAUCAAUUUCCGGUGGAUCAUGCCACCUCCUCCUCCACCACCCCCUCAAAGUCUCACAGCAAGCUUUCUGAUGAAGCUACUUCCAAGAUUUUGAAUCAGGUGGAGUAUUAUUUCAGCGAUCUCAACUUAGCUACUACUGAUCAUCUUAUGAGGUUCAUAAAUAAAGACCCUGAAGGAUUUGUGCCAAUAUCUGUUGUUGCGUCUUUCAAGAAGAUAAAGGCCCUCGUAAAUAGUCAUUCCCAGCUUGCAACUGUUUUGCAGAAUUCCUCAAAACUUGUAGUGCAUGAAGAUGGGAAGAAGGUCAGACGUCAGCAUCCCCUUACACAGUCAGAUAUGGAAGAGUUGCAAUCUCGCAUUAUUGUUGCUGAAAAUUUGCCCGAGGAUCAUUGCCACCAAAACCUCAUGAAGAUUUUCUCUGCUGCUGGGAGUGUAAAGACGAUUCGUACCUGUCAGCCACAAAGCUCAAAUAACAAUUCUGCCUCAGCAUCCAGAUCAGCAAAAGCAGAUGGCAUGCAUUUUAGUAACAAGUUGCAUGCAUUUGUGGAAUACGAAUCCCCUGAGGUGGCGGAGAAAGCUGUGGUUGAACUUAAUGAUGAGGGGAAUUGGAGGAGUGGACUUAGAGUCCGGUUAAUGCUUAAACGAAUGUCAAAACCUGGUCAAGUGCGUGGGAAAAAGGGGCAGGAUGGGGAAGUGCAAUUAGCGGAAGAGGAUGCUUCUAUGCCUGAACAAAUAUAUUACGCCAAUGAGAAACAAUCAGACGAUUAUUCCCGGCAAUUUGAUGCUCAUUCACAUGAACAAGGUGAGGAACAUAGCAAUGAUAAGGAGAGCGGACAAAGAAAAGCACGUAAUCGACAAGGAGGACGCGGCAAAGGGCGUGGGCGGGGUCAGUACCACCACAAUAAUCGAAAUCAUGUUGGAACUCCUCACAACAGUACGAUUGGUAGCAGUGAGCAGUCUGGUAUAGGUGUAGGUGUAGUGAAACAGCCUCCAGGACCUCGUAUGCCGGAUGGCACAAGAGGAUUUGCAUUGGGUCGGGGGAGGCCAGUUUCUGUUAAUAUUGCACAAUGAGUGCUCACUUCAGAGAAGUUUUCUUGUUUUUUUUUUUUUUUACUUUUCUGUAUCGGUGGCUGCAAGUACAUGCUGGGGGGAUUCUCGCUUGUUUGAUGGCAACAAGGGCUGUCAAUCCAACAUAGUUUAAGGGUCACUUGUGUUAACUUGAAUUAUUUUUCUCAGUGGUUUGUAUUGAGGUAAAGAUGAUGCAGGACCUUUCUAUCUUUCAUUGUAGGUAAAAAAAAAAAGAAAGUGAGGAACCAUAACUACCUAUAG